GCGUCCCCUCCCGGCCGCCCUUGGCCGCUCCCUUACCCGCCCAUACAUGUCCCUGCCCGUGGUGCUCCCGGGCUCCUGCUGCCCCGUAGCUGGGCUCUCGGGCGGGCAGCAGGCCGGGGGCCCUGGGGCCGCGGCCACAGUCGCCCAGGAGCCCCCGCUGCCACCGCUGCGGCCGCGCUGGCCCCGGGCCGCACUGCAGCCCCCACUGCGGCCUCGCUGCUCCGCCACCGCCGGGGCGCUGACGGCCCCGCCCGCGCUCUCCUCUCGCCGGGCCGCCUCGGCCGCUGCUGCCCCGAGCUCCACCGGGCUGCCUGCGCGUCCGCUGCUGUCGCUCGGGCUGCUACAGCUGAUCCUGGGGUGCUGCAUGGUGGCACUCAGCUUCGGGGCGCUAUCGCUCAGCAGCUCCCCGCAGGUGAAGAACGCGUGCCCGUUCUGGGCUGGCUCCUCGGUGAUACUCUCUGGAAUCAUAGGAUUAACAACUUGGAAACGGCCUAUGAUACUCCUGGUAAACCUCUUUGUGCUGCUCUCUGUGGUGUGUGUCCUCUUAAAUUUAGCUGGAUUUAUCUUGGGCUGCCAAGGGGCCCAGUUCGUGUCCAGUGUGCCCAGAUGUGAUUUGGUGGAUUUAGGUGAAGGCAAGAUUUGCUUCUGUUGUGAAGAAUUUCAACCAGCCAAAUGCACAGACAAAGAAAAUGCCUUGAAACUCUUCCCAGUUCAGCCUUGUAGUGCAGUUCACCUUCUACUUAAGAAAGUCCUUUUUGCCCUGUGUGCCUUGAAUGCCCUGACCACCACCGUCUGCUUGGUGGCAGCCGCCCUUCGCUACCUCCAGAUAUUUGCAGCCAGGAGAUCCUGCAGCGAUGAAUCCCAGAUUUCUGCUGAAGAAGUGGACGAACACAGACGCAUCCCAGACCCCGAUGAUUUUGUGCCACCAGUGCCUCCCCCUUCCUAUUUCGCCACAUAUUACUCAUGCACACCCCGGAUGAACCGGCGGUAUCGUUCGAUGGGUGGUCCCAAUAUUAUUCCGCUGCCGCAUAUAUAUGGAGCCAGAAUCAAGGGCGUGGAAGUAUUCUGUCCUCUGGAUCCCCCACCUCCGUACGAAGCUGUGGUGAACCAGACGGACCGGCCGCAGGCGUCUUCAUUCCAAAUGUCAGGAGGAUCUGAAGCUGCCAGAAGCCCGAUGGAACAGGACUGCGUGACCAUGACUCAAGAUGGGGACAUUCCCAACGCACCUGGAGAAGAAAGUGCAUCCACUUCAACUGCCGACUCCAACCAGCUGCGUGCUGUGGAGCGCCGGGGACCUCCCCGGCCCCUGAGGAGAAGAUCGAGGAGUGACCCCCUGUUCCGUCGUCGUUCUGUGGAGAGAGCCACUCCCGUGCUGAGCUGUGAAGCUGCGACUCAGACUGAAGGGAGACUGGAUAUGGCUGCGGUGACCUUGAGGAGGGGUCUGAGAUCCAGAGUCUCAAGAUGCAGACCCCAGUCUCUAAUAGAUUACAAAUCUUACGUAGACACCAAGGUGCUGGUGGCGAAGAUCCUGGAGCAGACCCCUGGCAACAUCAACCCGGACAUCCAUGAGCUUGUGGAGAGCAUUAAGUCUGUUCUGAAGUGCGACGAGGAGCACAUGGAGGAAGUCAUUGCAAGUGCCCGUGUCCUCGAACAGAUCAUGGCACCCGGGCAGCCCGGCCCUAUCAGGGCCCGCCGCCUGCCCUUGCGGAGACUGCCUGGCCUGCUGCACCUGCAGAGCUGCGGAGACCUGAGCACCUUCGUCUCGGCAGGGAGGCUGAGAGGUGAUCGGAGACCCCGGCGUGCGGCUGAGCGGCCACAUAGCCUCAUCGGUGUCUUUCGGGAGACUGUCCUGUGAACCAGCCAGACCAGGCUCCUGCGGAGUAGUUUCCAGGGUCGGGGGUGGGGUCUCCCUCUGGGAACUCCUCAAAUGAGGGGUACUUCAGAGGAUGCUUUUUCCCGCUCUGUCUUCUUUUUCUGCUGACCCCGCAAAUGAUCGGCUCUUUCUGGGCACACUUAAUUUUUGGAUGCAUCAAGUUGGAGAUGGUGAAGACAGCAUUUCUCUUUCCUCUGCCGGCCCCCUGUCUCGGUGUAGGGUCCCCCACCCUUUUCGCCUCUCUUAUUCCCUGAGCUCUCUGUCAUUGCUGGGCUGCUCUUGGUCGCUCUUGGUGGCCUUGCAUUGGUAUGAAGCAUGAUGAUUAACUCCCAUGUUCUCUAAUCAUGAAAGCCCUUUCUGCACCCUGAAAUCACACUAUCUUUAGAAAGACAGGAAACUCCGUCAGUGACAAAUUGUCAUGAAGGACAUCUAGGGAGAGUAUUCUUGUCGACUCUGCUUCUUCUUGCUUGCAAAACUAGUGAUGACUAAGGCAGAUCCGAGAAUAAAACUUUUUACUUUUUACCUAUGCA